AUGUUGGAUUUCCUCGUGCAACAGCGGGAUUGCUAUUAUCAAGGCUACGUAGAUGGUUAUGCAGAUUCAGUUGUGAUGCUCAGCUCCUGCUCUGGGCUCAGUGGGCUGAUACAGAUUCAGGACAUCAGCUAUGGAAUUGAGCCAAUCGAGUCAGCCUCAGGGUUCCGCCAUCUUGUUUUUCGGACAGAUUACAAUGAUAUAGACUUUCAGAUUUCAAAGCAGAAUUAUUCCAUUAAAUGGAGUACUGGAGUAACUUCAAAGAAAGACCCAGCAGAACCAAUUAACUUUGCCACCCUCAGAUAUGUGGAAAUGCACGUGAUUGUGGCCAAAUCUUUGUAUGAUUAUAUGGGUUCCAGUGAAGAUCUUGUCACGGGAAAGAUCAUGCAGCUUAUGAACUUCAUCAAUACUAUGUUUUACAAACUCAACGUGAAGAUUAUUUUGUCCUCGUUAGAAUUAUGGAUAAACAAAGAUAAAAUCCCUACCACAGGAACAGCCGAGCAGCUGCUGGAGCAGUUUCUGCACUGGAAAAAGGACCACCUCGCUCUGCGACCUCAUGAUGUGUCUUUCUUAUUUGUUUAUAGGAACAAGGCUGGUUCAGUGGGGUCAAUAUUUGCCAAAAAGAUGUGUUCUAAACCCAGUUCUGGUGGAACUGCUAUGUUUCACAAUGGGAUGACACUGGAAACCUUCUCAGUUAUAGUGGCACAGUUGCUGGGGUUUAGUGUGGGACUGUAUUUUGAUGACUACAGAAAAUGCCACUGUUCGGGGACAAUCUGCUUGAUGAAUACCAAAGCAGGACAGUCCAGUGGCAUCAAGACCUUCAGCAGCUGCAGCAUCAAAGAUUUCCAGAAUUUCCUCAACUCUGCAUUGUCUCAAUGUCUUCUGAACAAACCACAGAUUGAUAUCUCCUACCGAGCCCCCCUCUGUGGCAACCGAGUGGUAGAAGAUGGAGAGCAAUGUGACUGUGGCACAGUGAAGGAAUGUGAAAACCAUCCUUGCUGUGAAUCGGAUUGCACCUUGAAAAGAGGAAUGCAGUGUGCCCAAGGAGACUGUUGUUGGGAGAGAAGAUGCAGGCUGAAGGCAAGAGGUACCUUAUGCAGACAACCGCCAGACGAGGACUGCGAUCUCAAGGAGUUUUGCAAUGGGACCUCAGCGGAGUGCUCGGAAGAUCAUUAUGUCCAGGAUGGGCAGUGGUGCGAAAGGGAAAGCGGGGUUUGCAUGAGAGGAGUGUGCCAAAAUACUUCUGUUUCAGGAGACCUUAAGUGUGGCAAGCUGGUCUGCGAAUAUCCAAACAGAGUGCCUUUCUUUAUGGAAAAUGCGGCCAUCAUUUACGCAAAAGUGCAGAAUCGCUUAUGCGUCACUUUAGAUUACAUGAAGGGGCCGGGAGUGAAAGAUCCAUUUCUGGUUCGCGAUGGUACUAGCUGUGCAAAAAACAAGAUUUGCAUGAAUCAGAAGUGUGUAGAUCGAGCAAUAAUAAGACUGACUUGUGAUGCAGAAAAAAAUUGCCAUGGGAAAGGACAGCGUUAUCGAGUCCACUCCGGGCAGUGCAGGAAGCAGGAGCGUACCCAGUCCGAGACAGGGCACAUGGCAGCAAUUUCCAGAGGAGAUGUGAGCGAGACACGAGCGAGACACAAGUGA